AUGAAAUUUGCAGCUCUUCUUUCGACUCUGGUUCCCAGCACGCUGGGUGCAACUAUCUACCUAGCAGGUGAUUCGACUAUGGCAAAAGGUGGUGGCGGUUCCAGCACAGCAGGCUGGGGCGAAUACGUCACGCCAUAUACCUCCCUCACAGUAUCGAACCAAGCCAUCGCAGGUCGCAGCGCACGCUCAUACAACCGUGAGGGGCGUUUCAACGCGAUUGCGGACGUAGUCCAGUCCGGAGAUUGGGUGAUUAUCGAGUUUGGGCACAACGACGGAGGCUCACUCACACCAACGGACAAUGGACGCACCGAUUGCUCUGGAACAGGAAACGAGACAUGCAGCACUACCUACAAUGGGGUUGCGGAGACGGUGCUCACCUUCGGUGCCUAUAUCGAGGCCGCAACGAAGAAGUACCUGGCUAAGGGAGCCAAUGUCAUUAUCAGCUCACAAACACCCAACAACCCAUGGGAGACAGGAAGCUAUGUCUACUCUCCAUCCCGCUUCGUAGGAUACGCCCAGACAGCCGCUGCUAACGCCGGGGUUCCGUACAUCGACCACGGUGCUUAUGUCGCCAAUAUAUACAAGACCCUGGGUCUGACUACUGUUGAUGCGUACUUCCCGCUAGACCACACACAUACCAGUCCUGCUGGAGCGUCUGUUGUGGCGCAGGCCUUCUUCAAGGCGGUUGUAUGUGGAAAUGUUGCGCUUAAGAACUCCCUGAGUACUACCUCUUUCCCUGGUUCUUGUCUUUGA